AUGGGUAAGGAUUAUCUAGGAGAGGAUCAGAGGCGCGUUAAAGAUGAUAAAGAUGAGAAGGAGAUAAAGGCUCUUGACGAAGGUGAUAUCGCUCUUUUGAAGACAUAUGGAGCUGCUCCCUACAAUGAGGAAAUUAAGAAGUGUGAGGAUGAUAUUAACAGUAUAAUGAAGCGUGUCAAUGAACUUACUGGCAUUAAGGAAUCAGACACUGGUCUCGCUCCACCUGCUCUUUGGGAUCUGGUUGCUGAUAAAGUUUGUUUAUCGAGUGACCAUCCCCUUCAGGUUGCGCGAUGCACAAAGAUAAUAAAUGCGGAUUCUGAGGAGCCAAAGUACAUCAUCAAUGUGAAGCAAUUUGCCAAGUUUGUCGUUGAUCUAGCUGAAUCCGUGGCACCAACUGAUAUUGAAGAAGGGAUGCGUGUGGGUGUGGAUCGAACCAAGUAUCAAAUUCACAUUCCACUACCUCCCAAGAUCGAUCCCUCUGUUACUAUGAUGCAAGUUGAGGAUAAACCGGAUGUAACCUACAGUGAUGUCGGUGGUUGCAAGGAACAGAUUGAGAAGCUGAGAGAAGUUGUCGAGCUUCCCCUUCUCCACCCGGAAAAAUUUGUCAGUCUCGGCAUAGAGCCUCCAAAAGGCGUGUUGCUCUACGGUCCUCCCGGCACCGGCAAGACGCUGUGUGCACGCGCAGUCGCCAACCGUACAGACGCCUGUUUUAUUCGUGUAAUUGGUUCGGAGUUGGUGCAAAAAUAUGUCGGUGAAGGGGCUCGAAUGGUGCGUGAGCUCUUUGAACUGGCUCGCUCCAAGAAGGCCUGCAUUAUCUUCUUUGACGAAAUUGACGCUAUUGGUGGUGCCCGUUUCGACGAUGGUGCCGGUGGUGACAAUGAGGUGCAGCGAACCAUGUUGGAACUGAUUAACCAGUUGGACGGCUUUGAUCCUCGGGGCAACAUUAAAGUACUCAUGGCAACCAAUCGACCAGACACCCUUGAUCCUGCUCUCGUUCGUCCGGGUCGUCUUGACCGGAAAAUCGAGUUUGGUCUCCCUGAUCUUCCAGGCAGGACGCAUAUUUUCAAGAUUCAUGCAAGGUCAAUGUCCGUGGAGAAGGAUAUUCGCUAUGAGCUUUUGGCUCGCUUAUGCCCAAAUAGCACUGGCGCUGAAAUUCGAAGCGUGUGCACUGAGGCCGGGAUGUUCGCCAUACGAGCACGCUGCAAGAUGGCCACAGAGAAGGAUUUCCUGGAUGCAGUGAAUAAGGUGAUCAAGUCUUAUGCAAAGUUCAGUGCUACGCCCCGCUACAUGACCUACAACUAG